AGCGGCGCUGCGCAGAAUGAUCAGUGUUCAAAGUCCUCAACUUUGCUCCGAGAUCUUUGAUGAACUACCUUUAACUGAAAAUUGAGUUUACAUUUUUUUGUUUUUAAUUAUUAUUGACUAUUUUCCUAUUCUAUACUGUAAAGCUGUUUUGACACAACCUGUAUUGUUAAAAGCGCUAUAUAAAUAAAGGUGAUGUAGAAGCCUCCAACUCUAAACUUGACUUCCACACUUCGGGGGUUUAGUAACAACAAGCAGUAGCAGCAGUCCAGUCAUUCCUCUUUCCGAUUAACAGUUAAUUUUUCUCUUGUUUUCAGUUUGCACGCACAUUAUGAUGAUCACAGCUGCUGAAAACUGAUUUGCUCCCCCCGAUUCCAUUUCCUGUCAAUGAUUCAAUGGGUGUUUCUCAAACGGAAGGCUGGAUCCUACCGAGGCUGCGUCCUUCCUAGUUCAGUCCUUCAGAGUCUUGUCGGCUAGACUCCUCAUCUGCAUAUAAACGCUAGAUUGAGACGCUCUAGUAAGUGCGCGUGGCUACCUCACAUAUGUUGCCGCCCUUACCGUCACGGCACAAAAACACUAAUAAAACUUAGUUUUGGAAAAAAACCUUUGUAUUACAAAUCUUUAUAUUAUUUGGCUUUCUAUUAAUGCAAUACAAUGAAAAACCGCCAUCUAUCUCCAUGUGGCAUAAAUUAUUGGCAGUUUAGCGUUUAGUAAUUAAUUUACACCAAAACAAAAUCUAACAUCUAUCCUUUCAUGUCCGAAAACAUUAUUUUUGUCUUAGAUUUCAUAAUAAAUUCAGACAAGCUCAGUACUGACUCGUUUUUCGUCAGUUUAUUUUCAUGAAAUGGGUACAAAGGAUUGUGGUUGAUUGAAGGUCGCGGAGGAUGCAUCCCAUGCAUCCUUCAAAUUCAGCUGAAAGAAGGACGCGAAACGAAGGCUGUCUUCCGAGGAUCCUCCCACUGAGACGGCCUUCAGAGACGUUUGAUGACAUGGCAGCCGAGAUAUGCAACCUUUGUAGGACGCAGCCUUCCGUUUGAGAAACACCCAAUGUGUCACCGCAGGGGGAACUUCUGUCCCUUUGAAAAGUGGUGUUGACACACACCGCACAAACUUAAUGUGGCCCUCUAGAGGCCAAAACAGCGUGGGACAAUCUUCUGAAUAACAUGAGCCAAUGACAAUUAUUUAUUUUAUUUUGCCUGUUUAUCUAUGUGGGAAAAAAUCCACUUUAUGAGGAACAUCUCCUAAUAAUUACAUUUUAAAAUAAAUUCAUCUCAUUUGGAUGACUAUCUUGGAACUGACAGGAUCUUAGAUGCAUAAACUAAUCGAAUUAUGAGUGUGAGGUGCAUUGUGUGUCGUGUUCAUAUUAGUAACACAAAUUAAAGCGAGGGGGCUGGGGGCCCGCAAGGCAAGCAGCUCUACAUCAGAUGAACAGACUGCGGAAGUGUGCAAAUGUACUUGAGCAAUCCCACACUGAUUUCACCCAGAGUGACUGGAACAGGCGUCUUCUAGCUCUUCUUUAAAGAAGAAAAGGUUUCUCUUGACAUCACAAUGAGCAGUCGAGUGGAUGAUGUUAUGCAGCUUUGCUGUGAGGUCUCGGCCAGCAGGAAGAUGAAAGCAGCCGUGAAGAGCUCUGGAAAGGGAGCUGCAGCGGCUGGCGGAGGUGCUUUUGUAGGGGGAAUGGUUGGAGGCCCAGCCGGAAUAGCUGUUGGUGGUACUUUGGGAGGUCUCUUGGGAACUUGGAUGACCAGUGGCCAAUUCAAACCUCUUCCUGAGAUCAUCAAGGAGUUGCCUCCAGAAUAUAAGGAGAAACUGUACUCUGAUGUCAUGGGUGCAUUGGGCACACUGGACUGGACAGACGUGGCUGGUCUCAUUGUUCUGGUUAUGGGCAGUGCCACUCUGCAGGAACAAGUGCUUGCUGCUAUCCUCACUUAUGCCACAAAAGAGCUGAAGGCUGAAGUGCAGUAUGGAAACUGACCACUAGACGGUUAAUGUCACCAGCUAGUGGUUCUCAAUCUUGCAUCCUGUUGCUUUAGUACUCCUGUUUCUGUUUCUCUGCAGCUCUUGUGCAGACUCUUUUUUUUAAGCAAUAACAUUGUAGUCUCAUGAAAACAGUUAGGCUAGUUAUUUCCGUGCAUAAUGCAGGUUAUUCUAAUAAAGAAGAUUUGUGGAAUGUUCUGUGAUGGUUUUCAGUUAAAACCAAUAAAACUGUAUUUCUCGUUUUAAAAAGUUCAAAAUAAUGUAUUGUUUAUUUCAUUUUUUUAAACAAUGAAGUGAGUAGCA